CAGCCUCUAGGGUUUAUAUAGCACGAAACAGACAAGCGGCGAGAGGUUCGGAGCGGAGAAGCAAAACAAGCGGAAACUGAAUUAACAGUUUCGUUCAACGCACAGUGUUUUCCACUGAAGAACACGCCACAGUUCGUGAUGCAUUAUAAGGUUCUGAAAUCGAACGCCAAAACCCUUCCAAGGUCAAAACGCCGCCGUCAACGACCCAAAUCAUGGCCUAUUACAUUCUCCCCUUUCGCUCGCUCUCUCGCUCGCAUGCAUUCUCUACCUGCGCCUAAGCGUCGCUCUCAAAACCCUAACCCCACUCGCCCUGUUAUGAAACCCCAAUCGUCACAGUCUUCUCACCACCAUCUGGAUGGAGUUGUGGGAGAAGAUUUUUCCAAACCAGAACAUUCCGAGUCUUCAGACGAGGAUUCUGAUGGAGUUGUCCAAGCCGAUUUUUCAUUUUUCGAUCCCAAACCUGAUGAUUUUCAUGGAGUGAAGACCUUGUUGCAAAACUAUCUUUACAAUGAAGAAUGGGAUUUGAGUGACUUUGUAGAGUUGAUUUUGGAGCAGACCACCGUGGGAACUGUUGUUAAGAUAGAGGAUGAUGAGGAUGAAGGAAUCUUUGCUCUUGUUACUGCCCUUAAUUUCUAUAGAUACAGGGAGCAUAGGUGCAUUGUGACACUCAAGGAUUUUCUUCUCCAUAAAGCUCACCAAGAGAAGGGUGUCGCUGACAAGUUGAGAUUGCUUUUGGUGGAGCAAGAACGCGAUGUAGCUCUCUUGGUAUCUCAGCGCAUGGUGAACCUUCCUCCCCAGCUUUUGCCACCACUUUAUGAUGCCCUUUUUGAUGAAGUUUUGUGGGCCACAGAAGAUGAGCCAACUGAGGAGCUCCGAAAUUCCUUCAAGUUUAAGCAUUACAUAAUACUUAGCAAAGUUUACGUGCUCAAGAAGGCAGCAGAAAAUGAUAGUGAGGAGAGAAUAAUUUAUUUAAAUAUUGAGGAUGAAAUAUUGCAUAAGUUAAGCUCGUGGUCCUUCUACUUUCCAUUGCAAAGUCAGCAGCUUGCACCUCAUGAGCCUCACAUAAGUAGUUUAGUAAGGUGAGGUCCACCAUACGCUGAGGAAGGGACAUCUCGAGCAUGCGACUUGGAGAACCGAUGGUGACACUGUAGACCCAACAAACUUGAUUAGGAUAGAUUUUGAAAGACUUUGAAACCAUUGAGGAAGUAAAUUUAAGCCUAACUUAGCAUCACACAAUCGGCUUAUUAAGAAAUUUGUAUUCACUUAUAUAUUACAUGUAUUUCUGAUAGAGUUUCCUAGUUAUUGAUUUCUUAAUAAGUACUCCAUGGGUAUGGUUUAUAGCACUUAUUAGCAAGACCGACCCACCUAUACCUGGGAAAGUUCCAAUUGGUGUCAGGCCUUAUAGAUAUCCUCACACCCACAAUUGAAAAAUUGAGAAUGCAGUGAAGGAGAUGCUAAAUUUGGGGAUUAUAUGGUACAUUGACUGGGUUUAUGACAUUCCUGUAAUUCCAGUGAGGAAAAGGACUCCGUAUGACAAAUGUGUAUUGAUUAUUGUACUCUUGAUAUGAUAUUAUGUGGUGGACGAAUUACUUGAUGAAUUGCACAGGGCUAGCUUCUUUUCUAAGCUUGUUCCGAUGAGUUGCUAAUGGUGUAUGUAUGUGAAUAAAAUUUCCAAAUAUUGUGAAUGAAAAAACUUGCAAGGAAUUGUAAUGGAUAACAAUGAGAAAAGUAAAGAAAAAUGGUGAGGAGUCAAAAGUUGAUAACUAAGGAUGAGGAUCUAGGUAUAUCGAAUAACUUUUUCAAAGAGCUAUAGGCCAAUCCAAACUUUCAUGAUUAGAAUUCGUUAUAUGGAUGAAUGAUGGAGUAGAUCAUAAGUGACUUGGUUCUUCAUGUGAUUGAAAAUCAAUCUUUUGUGACUUUCAUUGAUAUGUAAUGAAAGGAGGAGGAGAUGGUUAUGUUAAUUUUUCAGUUGGAAUGAUAUGCUUAGUUUUUUUAUCGGAUGACUCCAUAACAAACAUGGGUGAGUUGGAGGAUGGAAUUAGGUAAGACUUGGGAUCAAAGAAUGUGACAUCAACAAACGUGUAGUGUAUCAUCUAAUAUUCAGAGAAGAACAUCAAUACCCCUUUUUAAGAUGUGAGUAUUCAAGGAAAACAUAUUUGAUGACCCUGGAAGAAAGUUUGUCCACACUAAGAGAAGCACGAAUAACAAAAUAAGUUCAGCCAAAGACGCAACUUAGAUGUGACACAACUUAGAUUCCAAAUGUCCCAAUGAAUGAUGCGACACAACUUUACUAUGGACAAGAGGAUUGAGCUUUGUUUUCUUAAUUGACAUGACUUGAUCAAUCUAAUACUUGUAAGUUGUUGAGUCGAAGACCAUUUUUUAAAGCUUUAACCCAAUUGGAUAACCUAAGAAUCAUGAAGAAGCUUAGGAGAUGAUGUUGCAAAACAAGAAACAAAAGAAUUUUUUUCUAAAGAAUGGAGGCCACAUGACUCAUGUCCUAUGCCAAUCAGACAGCUCUAACAACGUUUUUUUAUAACAAAAAGAAUUAGAAUCAAAUGUGACAAAACAAGUUAAUGGUUUAGUCAAUUAAGAGACAAGAUUGGAAGGACAAAUAGAAAUAAAGGCAACAGACUUCCAAGUUUAGGGAAGGAGAUGGAAAGACUUGGCCAACUCCUUUGUUGGAGGCAAUCUCAGAUCCGUUUGCUAAGGUAAUUAGGAAAUGUAGGCUGUUGAAAGAUCACGGGUUGAAGAUGUCUGGGCUUAGAUUGGGAAACGCAUGCCUAUUCUAAUAACACAUACUGGCACAUUGAAUAUCUCGCCGUGUCUAAAAGUUUGUUUCAUGUCUGUUUUUCUUUGAUUGUUAUGAGGAUCCUAGUUCUUAGACAGCAAGAUUGGAUGUUAAGAAAAAGACUACUGUUAUAAGUUAUCAUCUAAAGUGUAGUUACCUUUAUUUAACAGCCAAAGUAAUCAUGUCAAAUUGAAUUUUCUUUUCAAUACCAUUGGAUAUGAUUGAUUGCCUCAUUUCUCUUCGCUGCUACAUUAUUAGCACGGGAUUAAGUGGGCUAUAAAAUAAAACUUUUGCAUUUUAAUUUGCUCACUUUUAAUUUUGAAUAAUUACAUUCAAGGUUAGAUGGGACUAAAAAUUUAAAACUAUUAAAGGGGAAGGCACGCAACUGUGUUUAAUUCACUUUAAGGUGUAACUCAAUAAUUCUGAGUUUUGUCGGUGUCUUGCUAAAUUUUGAUAUAGUCGAAGUGAAUAGCAGUUUCUCAUAUCAACUAUAUUCUGAACGAUAAAUUCUUUCU